GUUUCCUCCUCCCCUGCUUCCGUGUCGCAACCUCGGGAGCUGGACCCCGAGCGGGAGCUGGACCCCGAGCGGGAGCUGGACCCCGAGCGGGAGCUGGACCCCGAGCGGGAGCCGAGGUCCGAGCGGGAACCGAGGUCCCGGCCCGCGGCAGAGCCCGAGCUGGAGUUGGGGGUCGCAGUCAGGGCAGCACCCUGGGCUGAGGCGGCGGCCGCUGCGUCCCUGCGAGAUGGACGGGACAGAAGGUAGCACUGAGCAGCCCGCUGAGCGGUCCCAUCGAAGCAGCGUGUCCUCCGUGGGAGCCCGAGCAGCUGACGUGCUGGUAUAUCUAGCGGAUGACACGGUGGUACCCCUGGCUGUGGAGAACCUGCCAUCCCUGAGUGCCCACGAGCUGCACCGUGCCAUCCGGGAGGUCCUGCAGCUCCCAGAUAGCGCCCUGGAUGCCUUCGCGCUCUGGCUUGUCUCCCCUCUGCUGGAGGUGCAGCUGAAGCCCAAGCACCAGCCCUACAAGCUGGGCCGCCAGUGGCCGGAACUGCUGCUGCGCUUCACCGAUGCCCCGGACGAUGAUGUGGCCACAGAUGAGCCUUCCCUGCAGUUCCGAAGGAACGUGUUUUUCCCAAAGCGGCGGGAGCUCCAGAUCCAUGACGAGGAGGUCCUGCGUCUGCUCUAUGAGGAGGCCAAGGGCAACGUGCUGGCUGCACGGUACCCAUGUGACCUGGAGGACUGCGAGGCCCUGGGCGCCCUGGUGUGCCGUGUGCAGCUUGGGCCCUACCAGCCUGGCCAGCCCACUGCUUGCACCCUGAGGGAGAAGCUGGACUCCUUCCUCCCUGCCCACCUGUGUAAGCGGGGCCACCGGCUCUUUGCUGCCCUUCGGGGCCGGGCAGCCAAGGCUGGGACAGACGAGCAGGGCCUGCUCAACGCCUACCGCAAGGUGAAGGAAGUGGUCAGCAGUGACAGUGAGCGGGAGGCCUCCCUGAGGACCCACUACCGCGCCUACCUCUUCAAGUGCCACGAGCUGCCCUUUUACGGGUGCGCCUUCUUCCACGGUGAGGUUGAUAAGCCGGCCCAGGGCUUUUUGCACAGGAGUGGACGAAAGCCAGUGACUGUGGCCAUCAAUCUAGAGGGCGUACAUGUCAUUGACAGCAGGGAGAAGCACGUCCUGCUGGGCCUGCGCUUCCAGGAGCUGUCGUGGGACCACACCUCCCCCGAGGAGGAGGAGUCUGUCCUGUGGCUGGAGUUCGACGGGAACAACGAGGGCACACCGGUCAACAAGCUCCUCAAGGUCUACUCCAAGCAGGCUGAACUGAUGAGCAGCCUCAUCGAGUACUGCAUCGAGCUGAACCAGGCAGCGGAAUCCGCCGCCCCCCAGGAGAGCCUGUCUGGCCCCGCUUCUGCCCCGGGCUCCUCUCCACCGCCCACUCAGCGUCCCCAGCUGCGGAGGCAGAGCAGCGUGGUGUGCAGCCGCAUCCAGCACCUCUCCACCAUUGACUACGUGGAGGAGGGCGAGCAGAUCAAGCGUGUGAAACCGAAGCGCACCACGUCCUUCUUCGGCCGGCAGCUCUCCAUGGGCCAAGGGAGCUACACCGUGGUGCAGCCGAACGAGAACCUGGAGCAGAGCUGAGGGCGGCAGUGCCAGGCGGGAGGAGGGCACCGGGACUGUCCUUCCUGAGGGGCAGGGCCACUCCCCUUCCUGAGGGGAGGAGGGCUACUUUGGAGCUUAGAGAAGUGACUGCUGUGCCUGAGGCAGUGCCUGGGCUGUGCAGAGCUGGCCGGGGGCUCCCACAGGGUCCCUCUCGUCGCCUGCAUGCCCUUCCUCUGGACUUUGGGCCCUGCUGCCAUCUCAGGACCAUCUGCUCAGGCCCCAGCGCCCCCUCCCACCAGGGACUCGUCAUUGUGUCCUUCUUAAGAUGGACAGUGUCCCCUGCUCUGAAGCCCCAGUGGUGGCUCCCAUGGCACAUGACCAAGGAGUAGGGCUUGGGACCUAAGGGUCAAGUGUAUGUCUAUGGUCUUUUCCCUGGACUUGGGCGACCACAUGCCCUCAUUCCUUCUACCUGCAUUCUAGCCACACUGCCAGGCUGGGCCAUCACUCUGCGGGCUGGAAGGGACCUCCCUGGGUUGAACCGCACAAGAACAGAGAAGGCCAGGCCCCCAUCCACACCCUCCCUGGCUGGAUGGAACUGGAGGGAGCCAGGCAGGGCCCAGCUCGGAGCACCUGUGCUCUUCACUCGGACCUCUCUUGCUGGCAGGAGAUGCUGACCAGAAGGAAAGUGCCUUUUUGCUAUCACUGUGCUAGGAGGUGGCUGUCCUGUGGACCAACAAGCGCACCAGACCCACUCUCCACACUUAGAGAAGCUCCCAAACCCCUUUGGGCUUCAGGUUUUAGUUUUGGUCUUUAUCUGCUUUGCUUCCAUAAAGCCUGUGAACUCUGGGGCAACUCAAGAGAACCCCACAACCUCAGAGCUGAUGGCUUUUUCUCAAAGGUGGAGCUACAGUUUGCAUCUGACCUGACCCUGGGGGCAGGCCCAUGUGCAGGAAGUCCCCAGAACGCCUCUUCCUAUCUCUUCUUUCUCCAGGACAAGUUACAGAGGGUGGGUGUGCUGGCCCAGGGGGAGAUCCUGCCCAGCCCUUGGUCUCCUCCCUGGGCGGGGAGGGGGCUCUCACUGAGCUUCCAGGGACUUUCCACCAGUAAGAGGCAGGCCCAGCUCAGCACAAGGCUUGCUUUGUCUCCCCUUUCUGCUGGGGAACUGUGGGAGAGGAAAUGCAAACCCCUUGUCUCCAGAUACCAGAGCCCACACACCUCCUCCCUUUGGUGACGUUGGAACACUCCAGAUGUUUGAGGUGGGCUUGCCUUCUGGCAGCAGGGACUUUGUUAUUUGUCAUAAUGAUUAGGUGUUCUCAGCCUUUUGGAAUGUCCCAGCCAGAGGACAUCUUAUCUCUCCUUGAGUCGCCCUCACUGGCUGCCCAGCCUGUCUGGCUCCCAGCCCUCUGGUUCCCUUGUCCCACUCAGUGUUUUGAUGUCAGGUGAAUUUUUAUCUGAUGAGCCUGUGGGGUGUGGUGGGUGGGUGUGUGUACACAAAUUACUUGUUUUUACUCUUCAGUCUUCCCCGUUUUCUAAGCAUCCAUUGUGCCUUAACCUUUUCUGCUGGCUCUUUGAGACAAAGAGCAUUUUACUAAAUGCCCUUGGACUUUCUCAUUCUUUUGUACCAUGUGACUUAAUAAUAAAAUCAGUUUCCAGCA